AAAUAAAGUCUUUCUUCAUCAUUUGUAACUUUCCCAUUUGUACCGAACCAGAAAAACAUCUACCAUUGUUGAUCACUGAUCAAGCUCGUAAGUUUCUCUUCUUCCCUCAGUUUAUUUCUGCUUCUAAGAAAAGAGUGUAUAAAGGAGAUCUACCUGUUCUAAAGUUAGUUUUACUGCAAGAGACGAUUUUUUUUAUGCAGAAAGAAAUCCAAGCUUAAGAUCCUAAACUACCUCCGCGACUGAGGGGAUGGCUUCGGGCUCAGGCGGCCUCUCUGUUGCUGUCAUAAUAAUAUUAGUGAUCUUUGGUGGGAUAAUCCAACUCGUGAUAGCAAUUUUGGUCAUACGAUGUGUUCAAAACAUGAGAAAGUCGUCGAUAGAUGCGAGGAUGCAUCCAUCUUGUUCGGAAACUGGAUCUAUGGAUCCUUCCUUGAGCCAUGAAUCGAGGAUUGAAAUGAAGCCUAUUGAAGAGUUCCUAUUUAGGAUCAUGAAAGAGAAGCCCAUUAGAUUCACACCUCAAAAUCUUGUAGAUUUCACCCAAAACUUUGUGGAAAAAUUGGGUUCUGGUGGUAAUGGAACGGUAUUCAAAGGCCAGUUUCCGAAUGGAGUACAAGUCGCAGUGAAAGUCCUCCAUGGCACCUCGAGCAAGAAAGCCGAGGAGCAAUUCAUGGCAGAAGUUGGCACCAUAGGCAGAACCUAUCACCUCAACUUAGUCAAGCUCUAUGGUUUCUGCUUCGACGAAAUGACAAAGGCGCUCGUGUACGAGUACAUGGAGAAGGGAUCACUAGACCAGUAUUUGUUCGAUCAAGCACAAGAGAGGAUUGAGUUCAGAAAGCUGUAUGAAAUCGCAGUUGGCACUGCAAAAGGAAUCCGAUAUUUGCACGAGGAGUGCCAACAAAAGAUCGUGCACUAUGACAUAAAGCCGGCAAACAUACUUCUUACAACAGAAUUUGUGCCCAAAAUCGCCGACUUUGGACUGGCAAAGCUAUGUGAGAGGAACAAGCUGAAGACUCAUUCAGUGGUCGCAUUUGGUGGUCGGGGAACUCCUGGCUAUGCUGCACCCGAGAUGUGGUCGCCUUCGCCAGUCACCCAUAAGGUUGACGUCUAUAGCUUCGGCAUGCUUCUGUUUGAGAUGCUGGGGAAAAGAAAGAAUUUUGACGCCAAGCAAGCGGAGAGCAAGGAGUGGUUCCCCGUCUGGGUGUGGAACAGGUUCGAACAAGGCGAGAUAAAGAGCAUAAUUGAAGAAAGUGGGGUCGAAGAGAAGGACAGGGAGAAGGUCGAGAGAUUGUGUCUAGUAGCAUUGAAGUGUAUUCAGCAUCAGCCUGAAGAAAGGCCAACUAUGAACUGUGUUGUGCAGGUCUUGGAGGGAAGAGAUACAAAUCCAGUUGUUAACAAUCCAUUCAAGCAUAUUGAGCCAUAUAGUGUCGAUAUCUCUAUGUGGAGCUCAAUGACGAGCACAACUGCAACAUUCUCAACUAGCACUGGAGUAGGGAGUUCAUCAUGACAAGAUCGAAUAAAUAGCAAAGUCUUGGAACAUGUACCAGCAGUUUACUUUUAAGUUUCUUUCUAUUGUCAUUAUGUUAUUACCUAUAAAAUAGAAACAGAGCUAGUCUAUUACUACUAUGGAUGCUCCAAUUGCUCACAAUCCA